AGUUUUGUACAGAGUUUCAAGUCUUCUGAUUUCCUUUCUCAGAACUAGUACUUAUACGUACUAGUCAUGUUACUUACUUCCCAAGUGAUCUGAUCAUCUCCUUAGUUGUUUAAUUUCGAUCGUUGUCAUUAAUGGCAUAUUGGCUUGUAAUACUAGGGAAGCUGCUUGCUUUGAUCUUGCUUCUGUCAAGUUUCCUGCAGCAACAACAUCAUUUUGCUAAUGGUGAGCCCCAAGUACCUUGUUUCUUCAUAUUUGGGGACUCGGUUUCCGAUAAUGGUAAUAAUAACAACCUUGCGACGACGGCAAAAUCCAAUUAUCAACCAUAUGGGAUUGAUUUCCCCAAAGGGGCGACUGGGAGGUUUACCAACGGUCGUAAUCUGCUGGAUUUCAUUGCGGAACAACUAGGUUUUCUUGAGGAUUCCAUCCCACCCUAUGCUAAUGCGAGCGUCGGAUCGGUGGAGAAAGUUCUUAAGGGUGUGAAUUAUGCAUCUGGUGCAGCGGGAAUUCUGUAUGAAUCUGGAAGAACACGGGGUGAUCGGAUACCCAUGGAUAAACAAUUGAUAAAUCACCAAAACACGGUGUCGCGCAUUAUCAACAAGUUGGGAAAUAAGAACGCCACUCAACUCCUAAACAAAUGCAUAUACUCGGUUGCAAUCGGCAGUAAUGACUACAUCAAUAACUACUUCUUGCCGCAGUUCUACCGUACUAGUCGCAUAUAUACCCCUUCUCACUACGCUGAAAUUCUCCUUCGAAAACUCUCUCAGCAAUUAAGGAGUUUGCACAUGCUUAAAGCAAGGAAAGUAGUCGUUUACGGACUGGGUCUGCUGGGUUGUAUUCCAUAUGAAGUGAGAUUGUACGGAGCUAACGUUUCCGGAUGUGUCGACAAAAUCAACGAGGCGGUCAUGCUUUUCGAUAAUGGGCUUAAAUCACUGGUGUCGGACCUCAAUAACAAUCUAACCAAUGCUACUUUUAUCUUCAUAAACAGUACUGGAAUUUCGUUAACCAGCUCACCAGGUUCUAUUACAAUUUCAAAUGCAGCUUGUUGUCAAGUGUCGGAGGCCUCGGCGCCGCAAUGCAUACUUUCUGGAAAGACAUGCAGCAACCGGACCCAAUAUGCUUUCUGGGAUGAAGCGCAUCCAUCUGAAACCGCAUAUUCAACUACAGCGGCAAGAGCAUACAGAGCUCUGCUUCGAACUGAUUCUUAUCCAUUUGAUAUUCAACGCCUCGCCCAGCUCUAAUUAAAUUAACUAAUAUGGGAAGAAAAAAUAUUCUGGUGAAAAUAAAUUAAUAAUUAUAUAUGUAUUGAUGUAGUAACCAUUAAUAAUGCUUAAAUUGCUGAUGGGUACGUUUGAUCUUCUAUAUAUAAUCAAUAAAGUUUGUUCUAAAUUAAUAGCUAA